CUGAAUCCUGAGAACAUGUCAAAGGGAGGGAAGUAUCUCAGCAGUGUAGGGAGUGGUGGGGAAAGCUGUGAGCAGCACACAGAGCUUGACAAAUGCUGGCAAAUUGUGCUGUGGAGAUGUGAGACACCACCAUGCCAGCUCUCCGCUCUGCCCUACUGAUGAAGGAGUUGAGGUACAUUAGUUGCACAAACACAUGUUCCUUUCUGCUACCUGUGCAAUGGGGACAGACGCUUCCAAGGAGGGCUCAAGGGGAGUGGUGGCAUGUCGAAACCCCGCAGCAAGUUUUGUCAGACCUGGGCCCGAGACUGGAGCUUCUAGCCUGCUCUGUGCUUACCCUCCUCAGAGGAUGCUCUUUCUGCUGUCUCUGCAAGCCCAAGUGCCAUCCCGCUGUCCAGGGACUGCUGGCACAGGCCUCUUACACCCAAGAGCUCUUGCCAGACUGUCGCCUGUCAAUGCUGAUCGCUUUCCAGCAGAUGGCAAGCUCUCCUUGUCGAUGCACCCAACAGGAGCAGCGUUCCUCAGCCUUGACAGCUCCUUCUCUUAGGAGACAAGCUGUCCUGGCUCCUGCAGGGCAUCUUACAACAGGAGUGGAUGGUGCCCUGUGAUGUUGUGCAAACACCCUGCCGUGUUCUCACAUUUCAUCCUUCAUCCCCAGCCAGGAGGUGAUCCCUCGUACACCAAAAACAAAAAACAGAGCAGGUUCAGGAAAGCUGCUCCCUGGGGCCCUGUAUGCCAACUGGGUGCCGGCACAGGCUCUGCCAAACCCUCUUGAGAAACUUUAGGCCAGAAGUGCCUAGAGAAACACAGCUGUGCUAGCCAUGGGCUAUAAAAAGACUAGGGGGCUGCAGCUUUUUUGGACAUCACAGAAAAGGACAGUUUCUCCUCAUUCUGGGGAGGAGAAAUAUGUUAUUUCACUUCUGGGGCAAGCAGUCAUUGGCUGCACCAAGCACUCUGCUAGGGAUCAUGGGUGAUAAGGCAAAAAAGCAGAGCAUGGUCUGUCUCCCCUGCGCUCUUACCAGCUGCUUGUAGGAAACUCACACCUGCAGCUCAUUUUUUUCUUAACCUUUUCCUGUCUUUCCUGGGCAAAGCAAAGAUCUGGAAAUGGCUGGUGGGGUGAUUUUUCCCUGGGUGCCGCUCAGGCAGGGCCCAGCGCAGCCCUGUGUGGUGUGCCUGAAGGCUGGACGCAAACAGGUUUCUCACUUGACACAGAACUGCAAAGCCCAGCUGCUCAGGAUGGCUCCAGCUCCUGCCCCUGCACCCUGCAGGUAGGAGCCUGCCCUCCAGCAGCUCCUCUUGCUUUUACCCUGCCCCAGAUGUGUAUGCUUGCAGGUGGACAGGAACUCUUUGGAGGCAGCCAGAAGCUCAGCUGGCAGGAGUCAAGGUAAGCCGCUGCCCCCGAAGGUGAGGGCACCAGUGGUAACACUCACUCCCAAGAAUGUCAGAGGUGUCUAAGUCUUCCUCCUGUUCUGGGGGAUGGCUGCUGGAGCUUACUUUGAUCCUGCUUCCAGGCCUAUAAACGCUUUGCCUCCCUCUUCUGGAUUGAUGCCCAGGACUUUCAUGUAUGUGCUCGGAGUGAGGACUUCUCCCUUGGAUUUCUCCCCAGGUUUUUUAUGCUAACCUAAGAGCUUGAUCUUAUCCCUUUUAGAUCCGUGUCAUAGACAAGAAACAGGGAAAACACUGCUGCCUAGACUGCUUGGGACAGGAGGGAACCAGUUAGGGGACAUGCACUGAGAGAAGCCUCUGCAAAUCCCUUCACCACUGGCAUGGGAGUUUCCAGGGGUGGAGCAUCUACCACCUCUCUGGGCAACCUGUGCCAGUGUUUCACCACCCUCAUGGUAAAAAAUUUUUUCCUUAUAUCUAGUCUAAUCUACCCUCCUUUAGUCUAAAACCAUUGCCCCUUGUCCUGUCACAACAGGCCCUGCUAAAGAGGUUGCCCCCAUCUUUCCUAUAGUCCCCCUUUAAGUACUGGAAGGCUACAAUAAGGUCUCCCCACAGCCUUCUCUUCUCCAGCUGAACAACCCCAACUUUCAGCCUUUCUUCAUAGGAGAGGUGCUCCAGCCUCAGAUCAUCUUUGUAUCCCUCCUCUGGACCUGCUCCAACAGGUCCAUGUCCUUCCUGUGCUGAGAGCUCUAGAGCUGGAUGCAGCACCAUAACUGUCUUCUGUUGCUGGAGUGAGGUAAGCAGAGGAGGAACUGGGAUAUUUUGUUCCCUUUCAAGCUCAUCUAUCCAGUCAUGGCCAGCUUCUAGCUGCUUUCUUUACCACAGCAGCUUUAGAGUGCUGUGCUAGGGGUGUGCAGCACAUCUUCACUGUAUCUUCAGAAAACGUGGUGCCCCUAGGAUGUGGUGGGCCUAGUGCCUGCACAGGAUAACUAUACAUGCAUUUGUACUUGGUGUGGUUAUACGGUGAGAGCUGCAAUAGGAGGCCUUCCCUGGAUCUAGGCAACAUCUGCUAUUGAGACAAGACAAUCACAAAGCAGGAGUCCACAACACGUACCCAACCCAUCUUCUCCACAAAGUGCUCGCACGCCAGCAAAGGCAACAAAGUCAGGCAGAAACUUCCUUCUCUUGCAUUACAAGAGAGGGAUGGGAUGGGAUGUACUGGGUCCAGCAGGACUGUUGCACAUCCUCUCAAUUUUGCCCUAUAUUGCAACAUCGUGUGUUCUUCUGGACUCAGGGACAAAAUAAGCACUUUUAGAGGAGGAAUAACAUUUCCUCACUGAGGCAGUGGAUCUGCUCUUCACUCCUUCAGUGAUAUCAGGGACAAGGGAGGCACCAGCAGGGUGGGGGAACUGCCCGCAAUGGGGCACUGCAGUCCUGCCAGCAUCUCAGUAGGAUCAUUUUAAGGUUUCUCCAUCUUGUUGCCCAUGCCAGUGCUUUGGUCUGCUCUGCAGGGCACUUGAUGACAUUAUUUGUAAUUAAUCACUAUCCGUAUGUGUUGUGGUGAGGUUUGGAGGCUGCACCCAGGUGACACUGAAGCUGAAGGGGGGCCCUUUACUGUUACUCCCUGUGACUUCAGUUUCUUGCUGUAGACUCACAGCCCCGCAGCUGCAGAUACUGAGUGUCAGGGAGGCUCAGGAAACAGAAAAUAAAAUGACAUGAAGAGGUCACAGCUAGCAGGCUCAGAAAACUUUUUACAAUGCCUUCCCUUCUCACGUAAGGCCUCCAUGUGAAAUGUUUGAUGGCAAGGCCUGCCCUGCUCACCACGCCCACGUGUGCACGUGCACAGCUCCAUGCAAGGUAGCGAGUAUUUUUUGCCGGUCUCUGAGCCGGUAGUGAUGGGUGUUUAAUGAAACAGGAACUACUGACUUGGGUAUUUCCCAUUCAUGCCCUGACCCGUCUCCUGGCCUUGUCCUGCUCUGCUACACCAUCUCAGCGGGCUCUGGGGUGGGCAUGGUCAAAGCUGUUUGCCACCUGCUGCGGUGAGCAUCUAGACUCCUCCCUGAUGGCAGUUUGCUCUAUGCUCAGCACUUCUUUGCUCCCUCCCAGGGCCUAUGACACACAUGAGCUCUGCUCUGAACUUCUCCAAUGGUUUUGUACCCCCAGAACAAACCACCUUCUGAUCCUCCUCCUGGUUCAGGCAGCAAAGGCCCCCAGAGCUCCUGGGAGCGAGACAGUGCUCAGAAGCAGGACCUCUACCUCUUCUCAAGGGCUGGUACUGUCUCCCCCUCUCUCUUCAAAACACUCAGAUGACAUCUCUGUUAACAGAGGGAAUAUGCCCCAGAUGUUUUCCUGGCACUGAGGUGGACUGGCACAGAACAGCCAUGCCUAUUGAGCUCUCUUAUCCUUCAAAAUAGGUGACCAUGUGCAACCUGCCUAUCAGGAAUGGUCUCUGGCACAUCUUGACUCCCAGAUCAUACCAGCAAUUGUCAGGAGAGUGCUGCUGGCCAGGGCCUGCUCUAACAAUGUGGCGAAGCUCAAGUACCAGUGCCUAGGGACGUACCUGACCCUUCAACUCUUCUAGUCUGUACUUAUCUGAAGACUCUCUUUGGAGCCAGUCUGCACCAGUAUGCUAAUCCUGCUAGCAGGCCAUUUAGUUCCAGUACUGAUCUUCUUCCUCUUUAGCUCCAUGCCCUCCUUCUCUCAGCAAUGCUCUUUUCCACACACCUCUUCUCCUUCGCAUCACCACAGUGAUGUCUCGUGCUCCAGCUGUCCUUCUCCUCUUUGGUAGUCUAUAGAAUUUGCUUCCUGUCUAUAGUACCCCCAUGCUGAGGUCCAGCUGGAGGUCUUGGACUCUUUACCCCAUGCCAGCAUCCUUACUGGACCGGUGGAGGAGAAGUUGUUCCUCCAGUGCAAACCCACUGUAAAAAUAUUAAAGAACUGCUUCCGUCUUUUCAAAUGGACUUUAUUUAACUAAGUCUCGCUCGUGCCCCAUUUCCUUAUGAAAUCACAGCACUGUAAGUUACAGUCAGACCCUGGAGCAUCUCCAGUGCCUGAGGCACCAGCGCAGUGUCCAGUAGGUGAUUGUGCUGUAUCUACCCUGGGGAUCCUAGCAGGGGACACUGGCACCAAGCACCAGGGACGAGUCCAAGUCUGCGAGGUCUUCUCAGCUCUUCUGGUAUGUGUUGAUCCUUGUCUCGCUCACCCUCACCUUCCGUCUCUUCCCUCUUUACCUCCUCUCCCUUCUCCCGUUUGCGCAGAACUAAAGGACACUCAAAUGACCACGUACUCUUCUAUUCCGUCCUUGCUGCAGCACUUUGCUGUGUUACCCAUUCGAGGUGUCAGCUCCAUCAAGCGAGGCCACCCCUUGUGCCGUUGCACAGCAUAGCCACGAUUUUGGCAGGAACCCUUAAGUGCUACUACUACGGAAAUAAAUAAUUAAUCAUUAUUAUUUUUGUGUAUCUGUGAGUCUUCUCUAAUAGGUCUUGAUAUUAUUAUGGUGCUGAAGACAGGCUGAAAUUAGAUAAUACUACACUCAGCUGCAUCUAUUCCCUUGGAAACACAGGUAAAAAUGCAUUUAAUUGCUCUCCAGUGACAAUGAAUAUUCAUUAAUAUGCCACAGACGUACACUUGAUUUGAAAAUAAGGGCAGUAAUUAAAGAGCUAUUAAGGUUAAAAAGCAACAAAGGAAAUUCAUCUACCGAAAGAGCUGUUCUGGGAUCAGCCCCUAACCUAUACGUGCAUGGAUAAGCACAGGCGGCCUGAGCUCUUCUACGUUAUUUUACAUAUUGUGGGACUGUGGGGUCUGCCCUCCCUCCCAAGCUCUGUCAUCUGGAAAUGUCCUGAUGCAUUCAGAGUUCAUUCUUCCAGCUCUCUUAUUCUCUGGCUCGUACCUGCUCACAUGCUGCUCCUGUGAUGUUAAACUGACGAGAAGUGGAGGGGAAACAUUUUGUAGGGAAGGAAGCUAUUUAUAAUCGAUCAGUUAUAUUGAUUAUUAAAAUAAUCUUGGGGAUCACUGGUCGUGAUAGGUGCCUUGCUGUAAUCUCUGAAAAUCUCCAUCCCGCGGGCCAUGAUAUUAAAGUCGGGUUUCUCAGAGAGGUUUCACAAAGGUUCCUUUGCAGGGGUGGCUUGAGAAAGCGACCUGAGCAGCGCAUGUUGCCUGUUACGAGCGAGUCAGGAGAGCUGUGCGUGGAGGGAGGCAAGGCAGAGCAGUCGUGUCCAAGGGCAGCGGCAGCACCCCAGGACCAAGUGGUCGCAUCACUUGGUCGUGGCCAGGACAAACCCUGUGCCAUCUCACCCACCGUGUCCCAGCAGCCUCCUCCUUUUCUGGGGAGGGUCUCUCAGACUAGUUUAUGCCCCUGAAGAAAUUACAGCAGAAACUGAAGCAAAUCAGGUGGAGAGACAGAGUGUUAUUUAAUUUCUAACCCAGCAGCAUAAUGGUAAAUAGAAAAGUGAAUCGACCCAUUGGGCUGGUGUUUCAGGCCACUCGGUGAGCAGAGUUCGCUGAGUUUACUCACGAGAGUAAACUCGAAGCAGAUAAACCGCGUCUGCCUUUGCCCUAAGCUAACGCGCCUGUCGGCCCAGCGGCGCGCGGUGCAGACGCGCGUGUAAAGCGGGUGCGGGAGCCGAGGCCCGCACCCGGUCCCGCGCCCUCGCAGCCGCCUCGGCAGCGCUUCCCUCGCCUUCGCGGGUGCCGGUGUCGCGCAGGGCAGCUCUGAGCUGGCCGCGCCUCGCCGGGCUGAUCGAUUUCCUCGCAAAUAAGUGAUAAAGUUGCAUUUUUUUUUUUUGCCUGGGUUGCUGGUUUUGAUGGAGGGGGGAUUCUGUGGGGGUUUUUUUGUUCUGGAAAAAAUUACAGUUCCGUGCUUUAGGCAGUGUGUUGCUGGUUCAAGCUAGCGGGUUUUAUCCUUCUAAGAAGAGGGGCUGCCAGUGUUUGCUUUUCUCAGAAGCCUAACCUGAGACUUGUCGACGGCAGGGGAGCGCGGUGUCUCAGUUCUCACUACCUUUAAUCCGUUUCGCGCCCCUCGGCUGCAUUCUGCGGUGACUUUCGCAGGACUGACGACACCGGCGCCGGCGGAGUCGGCGUGUUUUGCCCUGAGCACCUCGGCGGGGGGGCUGGGGCGGGCGCCCGCGGGGCCGCACCGCUCACUCCCGGCACCUCCGACUCCCGCCCCGGGCCCGCCUCUGCCCCAGAACCGCUUCGGCUCCGCCGCCGCCGCGACCUCCCCCUCCCCGGGAGGGGGUGGGGGGUGUCGGUGCCGCCGCUGCCCGGGCCGUGCCGCGGGGGUGGGGGCUCCCGGCGCCGGGGGAGGCCGCCCGCCCGCCCGCCCGCCCCGGCGCGGCCCCUCCCCUCGGCGGCGCUCGCCUCCCCGCGGCGGCGGAGCGCGGGCGGCAGAGCGGCCGGACCCGCUGCGCGCAGCCCCGCUCCCCAUGGCGGCGGCGGCGGCGGCGGCGGCCCGGGCGCGGCGCGGCGCCCGGCUGAGCGCGGCGGCGCUGCUGGCGCUGCCGGCCCUGGCGCUGCUGGCGCUGACGGCCGGUGGCGGCGGUGAGGGGCGGCCGGGCUCCCCGCCGCCGCCGCCGCCGCUCCCGCUGCCGCCGGGCUUGCGGGAGGAGCUGCGGCAGCGGCGGCGCGACCUGCGGCGCCUGGCGGCGGCUGCGGCGGGCGGCGGGGAGCCGGCGGCGGGCGGCGGGCUGGGCUGCGGCGACCUGAGCCUGGCGACGGGCGUCAGCGUCCUGGGCUGGGGCUUCACCAAGGUGGUGGCGCGGGCGGCGCUGGCGGGCGGCGGCGCCGUCGCCCUCAAGUCGGUGCACGGGGCGGGCCGGGAGGUGCGGCAGUGCCUGCAGCGCUACGGGGCGCCGGCCGGCUGCCGCCGCCUGGCCGCCUACAAGCUGCUGAAGGAGGUGACGCUGCUGCAGCGCCUGCAGCACCCCGGCAUCGUCCAGCUGCACGGGCAAUGCUACGAUACUAGCGGCGAUCCUGAAAUACGGGUCACAGCGAUGCUGGAGCUGGGAUCCCCCCUGGAGAUGAUUCAGCUUCUGCAGACCCCCUGGGAGGAGAGAUUUAAAAUUUGCCUGAGUCUUGUGAGACUGCUGUUUUACUUGGCACAUUCCCCCCUGGGUUCAAUAGUCCUCUUGGAUUUCCAGCCGAGGCAGUUCGUUAUGGUGGAUGGAAACCUAAAAGUGACAGACUUGGAUGAUGCCAGCACUGAGGAGCUGUCAUGCAAGGAAGAUAAUGACUGCACACUCGACUUCCCUGCAAAAAGCUUUCCUCUCAAAUGCUCUGUGGUUGGGAAAUGUGAAGGAAUAAAUGAAAAGAAGAAUCUUUUCAAUGCAUAUCGGUAUUUUUUCACCUAUCUUUUGCCACACUCUGCACCACUGGCUUUGCGGCCUUUUUUGAGUGAUAUUUUGAACGCAACAGGUGAUUUACGAUAUGGAAUAAAUGAAACCCUGAAAGCUUUUGAAAAGGUUUUACAUCUGUACAAGUCUGGGCUCUAUCUGCAGAAACGACCUCUUCAUUUAAAAGACUACAUUUCCUUAAAGGGCUUCCGAAUGGUGGAAGGAGAAGACUACAAGUGCUGGCCCUCCUACAGCCACCUGGGGUGCCUGCUCUCUGUUCACAGUGCCGAGGAAGCCGCUGCGAUCUGUAACUCCCAGUCGCAGUGUCAAAGUUUUAUUGUCACCCAGCAGAGGACAUGGACAGGGCGCCCACUCGCCUUGUUUCAGAGUAGACGGACUGAUUUAAUACCGGAUGCUAACGCUGUAGUCUAUAUUAAACGAUCAGCUUCCUCAGGGGAAAGACUUUAAAGACAAUGAGAUCACAUAAUAUGAUCCUGGGAGGAAAAAAACCACUGGGAAGAAUUUCAUCUGCUGAAGAGAAUGACACAUUUUAUUCUGCUUUCGGAUGGGAUCUCCUUGCCAGCUCAGGGUCAAAUGCUGCUGUCUCCUUGAUCAAAGCUCAGAUUUCUCAUUGCAGCCCUGCUAGCUUCUUUAUCUGUUCCCACACUGCUGUUCUGCAUAAGCACUCCCAGUUUUAGUCAAGUGUCGCUAGACUGUGCAAUACCUAGCCUUGCUGCUUUCGUAACCAGCUUGUCAGCCAAGAAAUAGAAAUAGCUGCAAGGGAUCUGGCUUGGGUAGGCUUAGUUAGUUCAGUCACCUCCAAAAACCUAUGAAUACGCACCUUGGAGAAGGCAACAGCUCCUUGUGCAGCUGCCAACCAGGAUUUCAUACCACUGCAAGUGUAAAGGACUGGAUUUCAGUGAUGGGGCCAAGGUUGCAGGGUUGGGAUCCUUAACCAGAGGUUGAUGAUGGGGAUGGUCUUCCAAGGAGGGUCCUGAUUCAGUUCCUUCCAGGGCAGGGGAGGGAGGCAGUUUAUAGAUCAACUCUGGAACCAAAUGCCAGGAUGUUUGGUUGCAGGAUUUAGGUUUGACCCUAAGUGAUUUGUAAUACCACCUCCCAUGUAUCAACCUUGAAGGUUUUUCUGUGUUACUUUCCGUGAAAGAGCAAGACAUUAAAAUUAUUUAUGUGUAA